GCAGUAACCAGGCCUUGAAAAAAGUUUAACUGUGGUCGGCUUUUGGUAACUUGGGUGAUGGUCUCUCAUCUGUUAGGAUGAGAGGCUUGGAAUCAUGUGAUUUUUCCUUCAGAUUCCUGUGGUGGGGAAAUGGGUCCCCUCUCACCAUGUCUGGCUGGCGGCGACCCAGAUGCCAUGUGAUGGUCAUUUGAAGACAGGACUUCUGGAUAUCAGGUUUCCGGAUUCCUCCCUGCCCAAGAUGGCAACCGAAGAGCAGGUGCUGCGGCCGCGGCUUCCAGAGCUGUUCGAAACCAGCAGGCAGCUGCUGGACGAAGUGGAAGUGGCCAGCGAGCCCGCUGGCUCGCGGGUCAUCCAGGACAAGGUGUUCAGGGGACUAGACCUCCUGGAGAAGGCUGCAGAGAUGCUGUUGCAGCUGGAUCUGUUCAGCCGCAAUGAAGACCUGGAGGAGAUCACGUCCGCCGAUCUCAAGUACCUGAUGGUGCCCGCGCUCCAGGGAGCCCUCACCAUGAAACUGGUCCAUACCAGCAAGCGCCUGGACCAUCUGCAGCGCGCUCGGGAGCACUUCAUAAACUACCUGACCCAGUGCCAGCACUACCACGUGGCAGAGUUUCAGCUGCCCGAGGCCAAGCUGGCCCCAGCCGAACAGCAGCCCACCACCGCCUCCCCGAACCUGGUGGCCAUGGCAUCACACCGACAGGCCAAGGUGGCGAGGUACAGGCAGCAGAAGGAGCUGGAGCACCAGCUGGCCGCGAUGAGGGCGGCCAUGGAGAGCGGGCAGGCGGAGGAUGAGCGUGUCCGCGAGUAUCACUUGCUGCACUUGCGCAGGUGGAUCUGCAUCAGCCUGGAGGAGGUGGAGAGCAUUGACCAGGAGGUGAAGAUCCUGCGCUCCAGAGACGCCUCCCGAGAGGCCUCCACCUCUCGCUCGCCGCUCCAGGACAGGGCCACCAUGAAGCCCUUCGUACUCACUCGGAACAAGGCCCAAGCCACUGUAUUUGGAGCUGGUUAUCCAAGUCUGGCCACCAUGACAGUGAGUGACUGGUAUGAGCAGCACAGGAAGAGCGGAGCCCUGCCAGAUCAGAGACUGGCCACGGCAACCCCAGCCGAGUUCACAAGAGCAGCCCCUCCACACGAGGAGCCAGAGCAAAAGGAGGAGGAGGAAGAAGACAACGAAGAGGACACAUUGCACCGAGUGCGGGACUGGGACGACUGGAAGGACACCCAUCCUAGGGGCUAUGGCAACCGACAGAACAUGGGUUAAUCUCCCCACCACCGGGACACAGUGCAGUUUUCUGGCCAAGGAAAACCGUGCUGCCUUCCCCUCUCCAGGCUCCUGCUCCAGCUGUGUGCAAGGAAGGUAAAGAUGCUGACUCUUGCUUUGCGUUCAAUAAAGUGUCAAACAACUCAGUGUGCAUUCGUACCCUAGAUAAUGACCAGUGAUCUUGUUUUGGCAUUAUUAAUUCUCAUCAUGGUGUACUCUGAUUUAAGUGGACAAAAAAGGCACUGAGAAAUGGCUCUGUAAUCAAUGGCUGUAUGAAUUCUUUUUUAAAAAUAAAAAACCCUUCUAUUACGUGAGCCUGUGCAGAAAAAAAAAUUUAUUUUAUAUCUUGUCUCUUCUUUGUUCUAAUAGUCCUUUUUUUUUGUAUUACACUUUUUGUUUAUAAGUUCAUGUGGUCAGGGUGUUUGUUUCAUUGUAUCUCCAGACCCAGAAUAGGGCCUGGCCU